UCUCAACCUCUCAGCCAUGGCACACCUUCAUUCUGAGACUAUAGAGAGUUCAGAAAACCCCCCAUCUCAAUUCAUCUUAUCCAAAAGCCACACCGAAAAUCUCGUAGAAACACUUCCAACAAGAGAAGGAUGGGCCACGCCACUCGUCCUCUACAGCAACUGCUGGAUUAGAGCUAAUUCUCUUAAGGAUUCCAUGGCAGUCAAAGACAAGCUCAAGCCCCGCCCCGACGACAUCAUCCUUGCCGCGCACCCCAAAUGUGGGACCACUUGGUUGAAGGCCCUCGUUUUUACCAUCGUAAACAGAUCCCGCUAUACCUUCACUGACCACCCACUGCUCACGCGCCGUCCUCAUCAAGUUGUGCCUUACCUCGCACUAAGGCCGGGAGACCUUGACAUAGUCGAGACGCUACCCUCCCUGCGGCUGCUCUCCACCCAUCUGCCGCUCUCCCUGCUCCCAUCCACAGUUUCCACCCUUGGUUGUCGGAUUGUGUGCGUUUGCCGGGAUCCCAAAGAUGCCUUUAUCUCAAGGUGGCACUUUGAGAAGAGAAUGAACCAAGGUAUGUCCAUAGGUAUGGAUGAAGCAUUCACAAUGUUUUGUGAGGGAUGCUCACCUUAUGGUCCUUUCUGGGACCGCUAUCUUGAGUACUGGAAAGAAAGCUUGGCCAGGCCACAUGAAGUUAUGUUUUUGAGGUAUGAGGAGAUUGUGUCUGAUACACCGAAGGUUAUCAGCAAGCUAGCAAGCUUCCUGGGCGUCCCGUUUACCCAGGAGGAAGAUAGCAAUGGAGUGGUGGAGCAAAUUGAGGAUUUAUGCGGCUUCACAUCACUGAGCAACAUCGCGGCCAAUCGGUCAAGUCGUGUUGAACAUGAGCAAGCUGGAGAAAAGCUUGUUGUUGAUCCCACUUCACUAUUCAGGAAAGGGAAGGUUGGGGAUUGGGUGAACCACAUGAGCAAGGACAUGGGAGACAGAAUGGACCAACUUGUGGCUGAGAAAUUCAAAGGUUCAGGUCUCAUAUUCUAACGUGUGUGCUUGUUGUAUCGUUUUUGUAUGAUUGAUCUCUUUGAAUUUACUGCAUGUGUCUCCUUUAGUACUGUAUCAAGUAAGCUUUAUUGAUUUAAAUAAAACACAUUUACUAUUUCCAAGUA